GGCGCCGCAAGCACCGGCGGGCGGGUGCCUUGCGCCUGCUCUGCGCUGCCCCCGGAACCGCGCCGGCCCGGCGAGCGCGGGCGUCGGCGCCGCGUCCAGCCCUCCGGCCUUCCCAGGCCCGGCCGGCCCGGCGGGGACAUGAGCUUCUUCGGCUUCGGGCAGAGCGUGGAUGUGGACAUCCUGCUGAACGAUGCGGACAGCAGGAAGCGGGCCGAGCACAAGACGGAGGAUGGGAAAAAGGACAAGUACUUCCUAUUCUACGACGGGGAGACGGUGUCCGGGAAGGUGAGCCUGGCGCUCAAGAACCCCAACAAGCGGCUGGAGCACCAGGGCAUCAAGGUCGAGUUCAUCGGGCAGAUUGAACUCUACUACGACCGCGGGAACCACCACGAGUUCGUGUCCCUGGUGAAGGACCUGGCCCGGCCCGGAGAGGUCACCCAGUCACAAGCCUUCGACUUUGAGUUCACCCACGUGGAGAAGCCCUAUGAGUCCUACACUGGGCAGAACGUGAAGCUGCGGUAUUUCCUUCGCGCUACCAUCAGCCGCCGCCUCAACGAUGUUGUCAAGGAGAUGGACAUCGUGGUCCACACGCUGAGCACGUACCCGGAGCUGAACUCCUCCAUCAAGAUGGAGGUUGGGAUCGAGGACUGUCUGCACAUCGAGUUUGAGUACAACAAAUCCAAGUACCACUUGAAAGAUGUCAUUGUGGGGAAGAUCUACUUCCUGCUGGUGAGGAUCAAGAUCAAGCACAUGGAGAUAGACAUCAUCAAGCGGGAAACGACAGGCACGGGCCCCAAUGUGUACCACGAGAACGACACCAUUGCCAAGUACGAGAUCAUGGACGGCGCGCCCGUGAGAGGAGAGUCCAUCCCCAUCCGCCUCUUCCUGGCGGGCUACGAGCUCACGCCCACCAUGCGGGACAUCAACAAGAAGUUCUCUGUGCGCUACUACCUCAACCUGGUGCUGAUUGAUGAGGAGGAGCGGCGCUACUUCAAGCAGCAGGAAGUGGUGCUGUGGCGGAAGGGUGACAUCGUUCGGAAGAGCAUGUCCCACCAGGCAGCCAUCGCCUCGCAGCGCUUCGAGGGCACGGCCCCCCUGGGGGAGGCGCGGAACCCCGGCCAGCUGUCCGACGGCAGCAGCAGACAGUAGGCCUGGGGCCAGGGAGCUGCUGGGCUCCCACGCCGGCUCCAGGCCCACAGGCGCCAGCAGCCGGGCAGAAGAUGCUCAGCUGGCCCGCUAUCGCAACCUGAAAACAAACCAUGUUCUGGAUGUCAGUUCUUUUUCCUGAAGAACCUAAGGGGUUGGGGUUGGGAGGGAGUGUCUCUGGGACGCUGUGGCUGAUGGGAACGUAGGGAGAGGGGGCGUCCCGGGGAGAGCCGGCUGCGGGGCUGCCUGGGCCGCGGGAGCACAGCGCGGCUGGGCUCUGAGCCUCCCGGGACAGGAGCUGGGGGCUGGGGGCGCGUCCCACGGGUGGUCCUGUCUCACACUCCCCUCCCCCGUCCCUUAGCGAGUGGCAGAGGGUGUGGCGCCCGCCCCGCUCUAACUGGCGGUGAGGGUUCAAGACCAGGAAGCUGCCUCCUUGGGAGUCUCGAAUGUGGUGCUUUGGAGCCUCCACAAGCCACCCUCCUUCUGGCCCUUCUCUCACCGCUGGGACCGGGCACCUCCCAGGGACUCUGGUCAGUCAUGUCCUGGAUGGAACGGGAGCUUGUGGUAGGGGCUUUGGCUGAUGUCCCUGGGCACAAAGACAUCUGUGUCACCCGUGGAUGGCAACCGGGUGGACCUCGGCGGCUGUGCCUGGUGCGGGCAACCCUGAGGGCCAGAGGUCCUCAGCCCCGGGCCCUGAACAAGGACAUCUUUCCCCCGAGGAGAGGUCCGGGAAGGGCCCGUUCUCUCCGCCUCCCCGGGAGUGGACCCUCUUGGCUCCCUGCUGCCCAUCUCACUCCUGGGAACCGGCACUUGUUCUCACACGUAGAAGCUUUGUGCUCACCCUGCGAGCUGGGGGGAAGGGGAGGGCCUCCUGAGCCGCCAUCCUCCCCACCAGCCGGCUGACCAGAGCUUAGGACCGUUGGUGUUCUGUGUAUGUGGACGCUCUCAUCAUGCUAGAGAGGGUCUCCCGCUGUUGCACUGCACCGCGCCUGUCCUGUUAAGGGUGUGCAUGUCCUUCCUGUCUCCUGUUGGCCUCUCUUCCCUUCUAGAAAGACCAAGCAGACCCCCAUGGCCAGCAGGUACAAUAGUUGGUGGUCUGAGUUCUCUGUCAUUUGGGAAGCAGAGGGGUUGGUUCUUGUGUCAUCUUUCAGUUAGUGUGGAAAACGGGGACCCGUCUCUUCCUCGGAAAUUGGUGCAGCGGUAGGCCUCGGACUGGGCAGGGCUCACGGAUCAGAGCUGAGAUGGGAGGGAAGGGCGUUUGGGGUGACGCUCGAGGUGGACUGGGGGCAGAAGAACCAAGCAAGGGAAGCUGGUUCCCCCAGGCUGGACCCCGGGUUCAGGUGUGAAGGACAGUCCCCGUGGGGACAGGACCACCUGUGCGACUGCCCCUGGAUUAUCAGGGUUGGGGGCCUAAGCGUGGGAGAGGCAGCUCCUGUGUCCCUCGCCUUCUCCGGAGCGUGAGCUGGGGCUCUGGCGCAUCCCACGACAGCUGGCCCCUUAACUACUAGGUACCCGCCGAUCCCUCUGCCUUCCAGCCGACCACAGAUUCACUUCCCAACCUUCCCGACACCUGAAGCCUGUCUCCUGAGAGAACUAGAGGUAGAAUUUGCUUCUGUCCUCUCGGGAGCUUCUGUUCUUUCCCCUGCCCCAUUCUCUGCCUCUUUGUGCAUCGGGGAAGGGGAGGCCCAUCCCUGGGACCCUGGCAGAGCAUAGGGACUGAACCAAGCAGUGCGGCCUGGGGUUGAGCAGCUGCGGUGUUUACAAGUUUCUCAACGUGUGUCUUUUCAAUGGCUGUUUUAAACAAAGCAGUCUGUUUCAGCUCUCUCCCUGAUUAAAGCAAGCCCCUGGGCUCGGAGGCAUCAUGCCCACGGUCCACCAGACUCUGUGGUCUCUUCUUACUGCCCUGCCGCACACAAGGGGAGACGCCCCGCCCUGACCCACGACACCUGCCCUCCUGGUGUCUGUGGCCCCUGGUGAACAAUGACACCCACUCUAUUAAUGCCUGUUUUAGACAAGCCCAUGGCUGAGAAAGGCAUUCUGGUUUUACUCCAGUCUGGCAACUUGUCCUGAAACUGCUGGUUUUACCCACUCUGGGACCAGAUACUUCAGGGGUGGGUUAAGGAAGGCUGGUGUAGAGACAAUCCAUGUUAGUGGGUGUCAGCAGACUGGGCCCUGCAUCUGGCCGAGGGGAUGUAAAGACGUGCAGUGGAGUAUUCUACCCCCGAUGCUGAUUUUAAAGAAACGCCUCCAACUCAAACAUUCAUGUUUUAUUAAAAAGGACCCAAACCCGACGUCUACACACAACGCCAGGUGAACACAACCAGCAUGUUCCCCACGCCUUCUUUUGUCUUGUGGAAGCUUGACUUUCAGGCAGCAUCUUGCCCACUUCAGCAGAGCUGUGUCUCCAUUAACUCGGUUCCUUUUCCUCCAGGCUCAAAAUAAAAUCAAACUCCUCUGCCGAAAAGGGCAAGAAGAAGAGGAAGAAUUAGGUCUGUGUCUCCUCCUGAACAGGGCAGUCAUGGCAGGCAUUUCUCAAGUCACGAGGCAGGUAGUCGUUCACUCAGAACCCUCAGGGGCGUUUCGCCAGGUGCCGAGCACAGCUGCCCUGGGCAGCUCGAGGGGGCUCCUCCCUCGUGGGAGUUACAGGUGGGAAGACAGACUCAGACCUUAACCACCGUGCUUAGGGUUCACCAGCUAGUACAUGUGAAUUCACGGUCACUCUGGCAUGUGAUCAAAAGGCGAGAGCCGUUCUUACCUCGGGUCAGGGGCUGGACUGAGAGUCUCUGGCGGGUGAAGAGAGCCAUGUUUUUUAAGGGACCGCCAGUGGCUCUGUGCGCUUGGUGGUGGGUUUUGAGCUCAGCCAGUGGGAUGAAACGCUUCAUCAUCCGAACAAACUGUACGUCCACCUACAUGGCAACAGUGUAUGGGACAGAAAGGCACGUCCAGCUGGACUCUGCCUCCUGUGUUUUAGCUGCUUGCAGGAGGUCCCGUGGGCCUGGCUGCCGGUGUUUGUCCUUCUCUCCAAAGGCAGGGUAACCUCAUCGGACUGAGCGGGGCUCUGUGCCCUGGUCUAAAGAUACCCCAGACCUUCUUCCUCCCUCUCUGUCCAUCCUUUCUCUUUUGUGAAAUAGGAAGAAUAGUAGUAUCUUUACCAUGGACCAUUUGGGGUUGUCUUCUUUGCUGGAUGGAUCAUAAUGGGGAUUGUUUUUCUCAAACUGUGUGUGGUCUGGGUAUGCCUCCUUCACAAUCUGAAAUUAAAGCCGAGUCUCCAAUCAUUUGUCUGUCCAGUCAGCUCCAUGGCCAGGCUUUAGUCCAAGUCCAACUGUCAUUUCCUACCCUACGUAUUCUUACCCCAUCUGUCUCGCUGUUGAGCCACUGAGGGCUCAAAUAUCUGGAAGUAAUACACAGUCUAAGGUAAGCAGAGGAAAUCAACCCUAUUUUGACAAAAAUCUUAAAAGUAUGUUCUAAAACCAAACAUUAAAGGUUAUUAUUGGUGCCACUGUUUCUCCACCUACAGUUAAUUCUAUCCUGGUAACUCCUGGCCUGGAAGAGCUACCAUCAGGCCUGUUUUUGAGUGAAAGACCAAGGUGCAGAAAUGGAGAGGUCUGUGCCAGCGGGGCCUGAAAUGAAGGCCUGCCUUGCUGCAGUCCUGUCACAUGUCCCUGAGACAGCAGGGAUGGGGAGGAGGGUUACCUGCCUAUGCUGUCUCCCUAACCUGCAUGAAGGGAGAGGGACUCAGACCUAAGCCUGUACAACCGACCUUCAUAAGCCCCGCAAUGCCUGGCUCUCUGCAGUUGCUGUGGUAGAAGAAGGCUUCUUCCUCCAGCUUCAUGGCUCUCAGGAAGUUCCGGGCCUGUUCCAGCAGAGAAGAAACAAGAACUAUCCUCCCACCAGCUAGAAGACACUAGCCCUGGAAAUCAAGUCUGCUUUUAUUAGAUGAGAUUUUGGUUUUCGCAGCUUCCCCCCACACCCUGCAGUUCAAUUCUUGCCUUUUACCCAGAGCUGUAUCAGGACACUGGCUGGAACACAGGCCAUUUGAAAACUGCGUGCAGUCAAAGAAAUCAAGGCAUUUGUUAAUAUAUUUUCAGGUUUGGGUUCUGGGAAAAAACAACCUGAGCCAAGAGAUUUUGCUACUGAAUAAGUCAGAAGGAAGCAGGCUUUUAUCCCCUCCCGGGUCUCGAGGUCCUGUCUAACCCGCUUACCUGGUAGUUGCGAACACCAUCCCAGCAUGCUGUCUGCUUGGGCUGUGCUCUGAGAUCCUCAAUGCUGAACUGGGCAAGAAAUAAGGUCAUUCAGUAAACAAUCCUGGGCCAAUCGGUAAGAAUAUAUGGAAGCAGACAAGUUCCUUCCCCUAUAGGGUGUUGCCAGCUGGAAUGGCAUGUGAGCUUACUGGGAAGCUCUUCACAGAGCCACUCAUACUGCGCAAGUAGAAGUUAGCUUUGUGUUACCUUGUUAGCCUUGCUCAUUGAGAGGAUUAGAUGAGUGGAUAAUCUGGUAAUUGCUGACUAUCUGUAUUUCAUUUAUUAAAAUAUUAUAUAUGCCUUCUA